AGUCAGAAGGUCACAAAGCCUGCAAGGUAACUGACACAACUUGAAACUGCUUGGCCCCCUUUAAAAAGAAAUAAUAAGAUGGGAGAGAAUGAAGCAAGUUUACCUAACACAUCUUUGCAAGGUAAAAAGAUGGCCUAUCAGAAAGUCAAUGCAGAUCAAAGAGCACCAGGACACUCACAGUACUUAGACAAUGAUGACCUUCAAGCCACUGCCCUUGACUUAGAGUGGGACAUGGAAAAGGAACUGGAGGAGCCUGGUUUUGACCAGUUCCAACUAGAUAGUGCUGAGAAUCAGAACCUGGAGAAUCCAGAGACUGCAGAUCUCAAUCUUGAUUCCAUUCAACCAGCAACUUCACCCAAAGGAAGGUUUCAGAGACUUCAAGAAGAGUCUGACUAUGUUACCCGUUACACAAGAUCUGUGCCAAAGAGCAACCCCUGCAACUUUUGCCGCCUUUUAAAAAUACUUUGCACAGCCAUCAUUUUAUUUAUUUUUGGGAUUUUGAUAGGCUAUUAUGCACUUAAAAAGUGUCCUUCAAAUGCUACAUCUUCAGCAAUGCUUGAUCUUCAGUUAUACCAAGAGAUUCUCCAGACAAUCCAAGCAGAAGAUAUUAAGAAGUCUUUCAGAAAUUUGGUACAACUGUAUAAAAGUGAAGAUGACACAGAAAUUUCAAAGAAGAUUAAGACUCACUGGACUUCUUUGGGCCUAGAAGAGGUACAGUUUGUAAAUUACUCCGUGCUGCUUCAUCUGGCAGGCCCGUCUGCCAGCUCUGUGAUUCUGGGUAGCAGUGGCCAAUGCUUUCGUCCUAAUGGCCAGCCCUGCAGCGAAGAAGCCAGAACACAUAGCAGCCAAGAUCUGCUCUACUCAUAUGCAGCCUAUUCUGCCAAAGGAACUCUCGAGGCUGAAGUCAUUGAUGUGGGUUAUGGAAAUGCAGAUGAUUUAAAAAGGAUUCAAAAAAUGAAAAAUACAACGAAUCAGAUUGCACUCCUGAAAUUAGGAAAAUUGCCAUUACUUUAUAAGCUUUCCUUAUUGGAAAAGGCUGGAUUUGGUGGUGUUCUUCUGUAUAUUGAUCCUUGCGAUUUACCAAAGACCGCAAAUCUUAGCCAUGAUACCUUCAUGGUAUCACUGAACCCAGGAGGAGACCCUUCAACACCUGGUUAUCCAAGUGUGGAUGGAAGCUUUAGGCAAAACCGAUCAAACCUCACGUCUCUGCUAGUUCAGCCCAUCUCGGCAUCUCUCGCUGAGAAACUGAUCUCUUCACCAAACAGCAGAACCAAAAACGGUGUCUGUAGCCCUCUAGAACUUCCAGAUAAUGAUGAAAGAAUUGUCAACAUGCAAGUUCAGACAGUUACAAAAUUCAAAACAGUUACUAAUGUUGUUGGAUAUUUAAAGGGCUUGACAUCUCCAGACCGGUAUAUCAUAGUUGGCAGCCACCAUCAUACCACAUAUGGUCCUUACGGACAAGAAUGGGCCAGCAGCACUGCCAUAAUCACCGCUUUUAUCCGGGCCUUGAUGUUAAGAGUUAAGAAAGGGUGGAGACCAGACCGCACAAUUGUUUUCUGUUCAUGGGGAGGAACAGCUUUUGGCAAUAUUGGCUCAUAUGAAUGGGGAGAGGAUUUCAAGAAGGUUCUGCAGAGAAAUGUUGUGGCUUACGUUAGUCUCCACAGUCCCAUAAGGGGUAACUCAAGUCUACAUUCCAUGGCUUCACCAUCUCUUCGGCAACUGGUAAUAGAGAAAAAUCAUUUCAACUGUUCCAGAAGAGCUAAGUGCCAAGAAACCAACGUCAGUUCUGUACAGAUACAAGGUGAUGCGGAUUAUUUCAUCAACCAUCUUGGAGUUCCCACUGUGCAGUUUGCCUUUGAGGACAUCAAAGCAUUAGAGGGUCCAAGUUUUCUCUCUGAGGCACUUUUCCCUAAACGUGCAACAAAAAUUGAAGAAAUGGAUCCUUUUUUCAACCUUCAUGAAACCAUUACCAAGCUCUCAGGAGAAGUGAUUUUGCAAAUUGCCAAUGAACCAGUUCUGCCCUUCAAUGCUCUUGAUGUAGCUUUAGAAGUUCAAAACAGUCUUAAAGGUGAUCAACCCAACACUCAAUUGCUAGCCCUGGCCUCACGCUUGCGGGAGAGUGCUGAACUCUUCCAGUCAGAUGAGAUGCGUCCUGCGAAUGAUCCGAAGGAGAGAAUUCCCCUCCGUGUCCGAAUGCUGAAUGACAUUCUCCAAGACAUGGAGAAAAACUUCCUGGUACAGCAAGUGCCACCGGGUUUUUAUAGAAAUAUCCUGUACCACCUUGAUGAGAAGACAAGCCAGUUUUCAAUCCUCCUGGAGGCGCAGGAGCGCUGCAAGUUACUUGCCUCAAAUGAGACCCUUCAAGAAGCCCUGUCAGAGGUGUUGAACAGCAUUAAUUCAGCUCAGGUUUACUUCAAAGCAGGACUUGAUGUGUUCGAGAGUGUCUUGGUUGGAAAGAACUGAGAAAACUCUCAGCA